CUCAACAGAGGCGGUUUCUCGCGGCGGAAGAAAGUAGAGUUUAUAACUGGGAUAAUAGAUAAAUAACAAUAACUAAUCCGAAAUCCCCGCGGUACAAUGCGCAAAUCGCCGGGCAGCCUCGCCUCGGAGGCCUUCUCCAGUUCGAACUCCUCGCUGAGCAACUCCUACAGCGAUGCCAGCGAUCUGGCCAACUGGGAGGAGUACGUGGCCACCGACGGGAGUCUCUUCUACAUGGAGUAUGUGAGAAAUGAGAGGACGGGCGGAUCGGUGGAGCGGCGGGUGGAGUUCAUGCGACGAUCGCUGCGCCUGGGAAAGAAGUCGUCGCGUCGCCAGCAGCAGCACAGCAAUAAUCAGAAUCAGAAUCAGAACCAAAACCAGUUGGAACCGCAAGAGUUCCGCUUCUCACAGUUCAAGACCGCUGCCCAAGAUUCCAAGAAACUGGAGCUCGUGAUCACAGCCGCCGAUCGCUUUCGAUUCGGUCGAAGAUCCACGGCAGUGGAAUCCAUCCUGGGCUUCCGGGUGCUCCCGUUUCCAGAUCAACCCGAGUGCCUGAUGGUGGAUGGCUUCGUCCACGAUUUGAGUGCCCUGCAGCAUGGCAUUAAGCGCGGUGAUUGGUUCAGAUCCCUGAAUGGCAUAGAACUGUAUGCCGGCAAUGUGGAUGAGCUGCUGCAGCAGUUCGUGGAGCCCACUCAGGUGUGCCUGGGUUUCCAGUCCUGCUCUGCGGAUACCUCCUUACCCACCACCGAUCCUUCUUGUACUCCAGGCAGGCAGCAGGAUGAGCAGUUGUCCAGGGUGGAGAACUUUGCCAUGUUCACGGAGAAAUUCGAGGAAAUGUUGUUGGAGGAGAACCAAGCUGAUAAUUCGGAGGUGGCCCUGCCCUUUGCCAUGUUGCUCCUGCCACCGGAAUGCUAUCAGCAUGAACAGCAGCAGGAUUCGCUGUACUACUUCCCGGAAACCCCCGAUAAUUUCCUCUUCAAGGCCCGCGGCAGUUUCCUCACGCUCCACGCCGUGCUCAGUGAACUCCACACCCAACCGCUGAGUUCGCGUCUCCGGGUGGAUCAGGUGCUAUACCAUGUGAACUACCGACGGCUCAAUGGUUUCCUAGUGCUCUUUGCCUACGCCGGAGGACUCUGCAGUGCGGAGGAGUGCAGCCUGAGAUCGGAUGAGCUGAUUGGUUACAUACGCUUCUCGCUGCCUGGCUUGGUCCUGGAGAGCUUCAGUCAGGAGGGAGGAGAAACCGGAGAUCCGGGUAACAGCGGUUCCGGUUUGAAGCUCUUCCUUCGCCACUUUUGCGAGAUCCAAAGGACCCGCCUGCUGGCCAGGUGUCGUGGGCAGAUCCGCUUCGAGGAGCUCCUGGGCCACUCGAGAAGUUUACCAUUGCCCAAAGAAGCCCAGUUGAGGAUCUUUGAUGCCCUGAGUGAAAUGGAGGCCAUGGACUACCGCAACUGGAACGAUGAGCCACUGACUACGCAUAGGGAAUUCUUCAUCUACGGCAGCGCCUUGUACUUUGAUGGCUUCCUGGUGGCCAGUCUGUUGCCUCCAGAGAUUCGGGUCAGUGUGGAGGGAUUCCUGAGGUGCCGCGGCAUCUUCGAGCUGCUGGGAGCGGCGCCGGGAAUCCGCGUUCGUGAGAUGUACGUCUGGGAGGAGAUCGUUUUACCCAGCGCCACGGGUCGCUAUUUCCUCACCAUCUGCACCAGGAAUCAUCUCAGUCUGGCCGUCAUCCUAAAGAUCUUCGAUGCUCCGGACAUGGCGCCCGAUGCGGUAAUUGGUCCUUCGCUCUUCUACAUCGAGGAGAUCCAGGAGACGCUGGAUCACCUCGUCCAGUGCGGCAUUGAAUCACUGGCCAUGUUCUGGUCCGUUUCCAACAAGAGACCCGAGGUCCUAGAGGCCAUCGCUGGCGAGGAUUCCAGCAGGGAGGCGGAAAAGGAGACCAACAGCCGGCUGGAGACGUUCCUCAAGCAGAAGCUAACCGGGCUGGGGAAUUCGACAGUGGAGGAGGAGGCUCAACUAUGCUCCUCUCUCGGCGGCGGCUCCUCCAUCCACAGCCUGACGCCCAGCGACUCCCAGCUGCAUGGCGCUGGCGAGGAUUCGGACAGCGGUUCCGACUGGGAGAACUUUGCCGUACAGCAUCCGCUGCACUAUGGACUGAAUCUCGGGGCAGAGAGCCACAACCAGAGCCAGAUGACCGAGUCCAUGUGGAAGGAGAUCAACAAUGUGGUGCCGGUGAAGAUUUCCGCCGGCUGGAAGAACUCGGUGCUCCAUUACGUGUACAUUGACAUGGCCAGUGGGUCGUUGUUUGCUCCCUUUACCGAUGGAUCCUCGGAGAGUUCCUCGUUUCUUUCGGAGAUCCGCCAGGCAUGUCACCUCAUCCACGCCGUGCUGGAGAAGUCGAAGCACUACCGCCGGCAGCUGUCGGAAUCCUCGAGAGCACAGACGAGUUCCAAUGGGCACAGUCAUGCCGUAUCGCUGGUCAAGGAGCAUGGAAUGACCCUGGAGGCCUCCAAAGCGGAGAGCCAGGCCCAAUCUUCGAAGAGCAGUCGCUUUGUGGUGGUCGGUAGGCUGUUUCAGUCGCCUGCGAAGGAAGUCUACGUGUGCCACCGAUCCGAUGUUCCACAAAACAUGGUCGAAAUGGCCUUCCGAUUGUCCUUCUUCUCCAUGGGAUAGGGAUUAAAUAUUAGGAGGAUUA